GGCUUACCUUACCGGUGAUAGCAAAAUGUAAUAUCGCUGUGAAAUUAAAGGAGGAAGCAUGCUGCGAUUGGCCUGAAUUCCUAACUCGUUCCCUAUAGAGAUGACGGUAGGCUCGGGGUAGUUAGAUACGGCCGCAACUCAUAGUAAGCCGUCGCCGUCACUUGGAUUUGGGGACGGGACGGGGGAUAAUGGAAAAGAAGAGAUACGGGGAAGAUAAAUUCAAGGCAACAUCUCCGUCGAAAUCAUGGAACGCGGCUCAAAUCUACGGACGUGUGACGCGGUCGGUCCCGGUAUAAGGCAACCGUGCUAAUGCGGAGUGAACGACAUAUCAUCCAAUAACGGAGGGCCAAGAUCCGGGUCACCAGAACAAACUUGCAUAAGAGCACUGUAGUGCUCUGCAUGCAUUAGGUACCUCAUAUAUGCUGAGCCGCAUAGGCAAAAUAGCCAUUCGUAGACCUGUAUGAGAUGGUGUUUCCGCGAACUUUGUCGCCACAAAAGCCGAUAUUGUCCACUACGGGAUCGUGUAGGACGAAUCAUAGUGAACUAAACUACUAUUUUGCGCAUCUCCUCGUAUAGAAGGUGUUGCUGCCUCGUAAACCAUGGCACCGUCUUGGUGAGAAGCGCUUUGUCAAGUUUUCCUCGUUCACAAGACGAUGGGACGGUCUGGAUAUGACACUACAUUUCUAUGGGAAGCUGACGAUUCCGAAACAACAAAUUCGAUCUGUUCCGCGGAUACACCGCCAAUUGAAGAAGAACACCCGUUAUUCGAGUGGAAGAGCUCGUUCCUACAGGUGGUCAUGGCAGCAUAUAAGGGCCCGUGGGGGCGUCAGCAGGAUGAGAGCGCUGUAGCAAUCGACAGCACUGAAACACCAUUUGAACUAGGUGAACUUGAGCGUGACAAUGACGGACCGCGUAAACGAAGCCGCUUAUCGGACUAUGCCCCGACGAAUACUGGGGAAAAGCAGAGCCAGAGGAGUUUUACAAAACGACGAGCACAGGACCGUCGGCUGUGGCUAGCCUGCCCGUACGCCAAGAAAGAUCCGGUCCGUUAUAGGGACUGUUAUAGAUACUUUUUGGCUAGAGUUCGCGAUGUUAAACAGCACGUCACACGAUGUCACCGCAAGCCAAUACAUUGUCCAAUUUGCAACGAUACGUUCAAGGAUGAAGACGAGCGGGAUUUGCAUAUUGGAUUAAGAAGCUGUACGCCUCGACCUUCUAUCAUAAUGGAAGGCAUCUCAGAGAAGCAGAAAAGGGAACUGAGCCAGAGGGUGUCAUCUAAGAUGCCGGAGGAGCAACAAUGGUUUGCGGUCUUUGACAUAAUUUUCUCCCCACACCCGCGUCCAAGGACACCCUACCGUGAUCGAGAGCUCUCCGACGAUUUAUGCGUUUUCCAGGAUUUCAUGACGGCCCGAGGGCCGGCUCUCUUAACCGAGUUUCUGGAAGCGAGAGGAGUCGUGACCUGGAAUCUCCCUCGAGAAGAAAGGGAUCUUGAUACCUUUAAGAAGGAGGUGCUCGGAGAAGGGUUGCAACUUAUCAUCGAUCAAUGGACGAGCGAUAAUGCUAGGGCCCUCGAACCAGCUAGCGCUACUCAUAGUCUCCGUUCAUCACCAACGCUAGACUCGGGAAUAGCGAUGCAAUCCAGCUCCCAGAGAGCAGCAAACAAACGGAGCAGGAUCGAUGAUCCAUUGGGAACCGACAGACACGAUCUGCAAAUCGAAACAUGCCGAGACGAAGAUUCAUAUGCGAUAAAUACCUUUAGUUGUGCGUCAAGUCUGCAAAAUAGAGUUGAUACAUCCCUAGGUGGCGUUAUGGAAGAACGCAACUCGCAUUUUAUCACAGAUGAAUCCACGGAGGUAUUACCAAGAGGCGCAAAGGAUUCUAGACAAGAAUAUAUGCCAGAAACAGACCCUUCGACCAUCUCACAACUGGACUAUGUCACAACAUUCUCUGCAGCAGAUGAGGUUCCGGACAUGCUUAACUUCGAUAUGGAAUGGCCGCCAUGAGUUCAAUCAAAACCUAGUCUAGAUUAGAAACUGGGUUUCUUGCCCCGAGGCUUGCGAUUUACGUAGUUUCUCGAUCAGCAAGAUUGGGGUUGAACAAGGGACCUCCUCUGAUAGGAAGUUGAGCCUAGCCUUGGCUAUCAAGACCUUCCUUCAGAGGACCUACUUCAGAGGACCUAAUCGGCAUCUCGUGUAGGGUACAUGGCUAUGGAUAAACGGGUAGCAUCGACUACCAACAGAGAAUAUCGAUGAAGUUGGCGUCGGCACAUAUUCGUACCGAUUGAAUUUUCUGCCGAGCUUCAUAUCUGGUCGAUGGCAAUAUCGGCGAGAAAUUAAGACAAGAUAUCUUCGCUUGCGGGAAUGAAAGACUCAGCAACAUGCUGCGAACAUGAAAGCUUUGCGUCUACCUCUGGGGAUAUGAGGGAGAGUAAAAUACGAUGCGCGGGUCAGCGAGAAAACCUAACUCGCGCCCCAAUGUACAAUAUAUCAUCCAUUUAUGCCAAUCCCCACUACAGAUCGGGAAUUGCCAGCCAAUAAAAAUAGGGGUUGAAAACGAUCGGCUUUAACAACCGUAGGAGGUAGCCACCUUUUUCUUUGGUUCUCAAUACGAA